UAGCAGUUUUGCAUGGCGUGGUAUCUAAUAAAUUUGCAUUGCUCACGUCACUCGAAUAUUUGUAAGUAUCAAUUAACAGGAUCACUAUUCUAUAUAGAAGUUUUAGUUGCAAUAGAACUUUUUAAGUGGGUCAGUGCCUGCCUCUCUGCCAAGUUAUCCUUCACAAAACAUUACUCACUCUGCCCGAAAUUAGUUGACGCUCACCGUUUGAACGUCAACUAAUUCCGGACGGAGGGAGUAUUUUAGUGGACAGUUUGGUUAUAAUUAUUACUAAGCAAGAAAAAAUUACUAAAUGUCUGAGUUGCUUGUUACUUUGUGCAGAAAUUUGUUAGGCAACCGUCUAAAUGGCUCACUUCCAGAUUCCCUCUGUAAAAAUAAUGCAGGAUCUCACAUUUUCAGGUUAGAGUUUUCCCGUUGACUUUUUUUUCUAUUAAUACGAGUCUAAAUGUCAAAUGUGGUGUUUUUUUUCUGUGGUCUUACACAUGCGAGAUGUACCAAAUUCAAGAUUUUUUUCCACGCUAAAUACUCUGAGUUGAUUGUAGUAAGUAAUUUCAGGUAUGAAUGUGAUCAAGACAAGUUUAACCAAACAAUUAGUUCGUCUUCAUCGAGAAAUGGAACAUCUAUCAUAUCUAUUUCAGUAGUGGUUUCUGCACUGGUAAUGGUUGUACUUGUCAUUUCAUAUUUGGUAUGGAGGCAGAAAAACGGCUAAUGGUGAGUGUGCCCUUAUGGUAUUAUCUUCUAUCACAUGUAUCAAUGUGGAUUAUCAUGGUUUACCAUAUUUAGUAUUUAUGUUAUAUCUGCCAUUUGCGCCACCAGUUUCUACUCGUAAUCCUGCUAGAGAGGCAGAACUUGUGAGUGCUCCAGUUAGUAGGAAAGGUUGCAGGGAGCACCUUCAAAAUAAUGAGAAUCGCUGAUUCACAUACAAGGAGUUGGAGAAGUUUACAAAUAAGUUCGAAAGGUUCAUUCAACAAGAAGGUUUUGGGCUUGUAUACUAUGGUCGUUCAGAAGACAAUACGGAGGUUGUUGUCAAGAUGUGUUCCGAGUCCUCUUCACAUGGACUCGACGAGUUCUUAGCUGAGGUUCAGAGCUUGACAAAGGUGCAUCACAGGAAUCUAGUAUCUCUGGUUGGUUACUGCUGGGAGAAAGAUCGUUUGGCACUGGUUUAUGAGUACAUGUCUCAAGGCAUUCUUUAUGAUCAUCUGAGAGGUUUGUCCAUUGCAAACAUAACUAUUGAUUACGUGAUUAAGAGAGAAAAACGGUGUAAGAAAGUCAUGGAGGGUUGUAGCCUGCACAAGGGUUGUAGCCUGCCAAUAAGUCAUCGAGAUGUGAAGACAAGAAAUGUCCUCUUGGGUCAAAAUCUGCAAGCGAAAAUAGCUGAUUUUGGACUUUGCAAAACCUAUUUCAGUGACACACAGACUCACAUAUCAACCAUUGCAGUUGGGACCACAGGUUACAUCAACCCAGAAUACUACCACACUAGCGGGCUCACCGAGAGCAGCGAUGUUUACAGCUUCGGUGUGAUUCUAGUGGAGAUAGCCACCGGCGAGGGUCCAAUACUGCUGAGCCAUGGCCACAUUAUUCAUCGUGUGAAACAAAAGAUUGCAUCUGGUAACAUCAGCUCAAUCGCCGAUGCCCGUCUCAAUGAUGCCUAUGAUGUGAGUUCCAUGUGGAAAGUGAUUGACACCACGAUGGCGUGCACAUCGGAUGUUGCUGUUCGAAGGUCAACAAUGGCCGCCGUGGUUGUGCAAUUGAGGGAGAGCCUGGCAUUGGAGGAAGCUCGUGAGGGCAGUGGUGUCAAUGGGAGCACCACGAACAAAUGCUGCUGGAGUGUCUACAUUCGGUCCAUCAGCAAGAUGAAGCCGCACAUUUACCCAUAUGGGUUCCAUUGCAUCAUUGUCUCGUUGAUGAGGCCCUAGUCUCUCUUUAUUCUUAAACAACCGCAGGGUCUUCACUGUUUUUCGCAAAAAGGGGGUCUUCAUUAUGGUUUCUUGUUAAUUGUUUGUCAUCCUAAGGCAAACUAUGGAGUAUUUGUGUUGUGUUGUGUCCUUUGUGUAAUGGGUGACUAUUUGUGCAAGCAAUAAGGAUUGGGUGAGCUCAGCACCAGCGGCAUAUGUAUAGCUAAUUCUCAUACUUACCUGGAAGGACUUACGGCUUGAUUAGUCUAAUCAGGUGAUGAUGCAUUGAUUUGUUUCGGUGCUGCUUGCUUUGAAUCCCCUUAUUAUUGUUUUCCCUUUGAUUUGCUAUAUAUUGUGACGGACAGGAUUUUGUUUCGGUGUUGCAUAUUUUAUGGCACUUCUAGUCUUCAGGCUGUCGCCUCAGUGCGCUCGCGCGAGAGUGACCAGGAACCGAG